AUGAGCGAGACUGCUGCUUACUCCACGAGAUUCUUAAGAACUAUCGAUCCCGAUGCUGUCGAGGAAAGAGCGCCCGUCGUAGAUACGCUAAAAGCCUUGGUGACGUCUUCAGAGGUGACCCCAGAUAAGCUCAGGAACUGGCUCAGUGAAGGGAAGUCAGCAGACUCAGUGUUCACGAGGAUGCACCUCGCGAAGACCAAGGACAUGCUGUUGAAGAGACCUCAGUUUAGAUCAUGGGUUCAGUACGCCGACGAUCUAAGUAAGGCAUCCAAGAAAGAGAUGUUAGUAAUUUCGACUCUGACUGCUCAGUAUGGAGACGAUGCACUGUACAAACUAAUUGAAUCAGCUAAGCUGGACCCGAAGAUUAAAACCCUCGCAAACAGACUGGAAAGGGAGCAAAUGCAAUACUGGGUGGCUGUUCGAAAGAGUCCUGACGACGUAUUUCCUAUCUACAAGCUUGACGAGGCGAAACAAACAGUACUGAGCACUCCAAAAUUCGUCAAUUGGGUUAAGCACGUCGAUGAUUUGAACGCCAAGCAUCCCGAACAACCUGUAACGACGAUCCCAACGCUGAAAAAGUAUUUUAACAUCGACGACGAAGGUCUCCUCAGCUUGAUCAGCGUUGGUAAGCAAUCCGAGCGAACCAAAAGCAUCGCCCCCAAAGUGGAGGAUGAUCUACUUCAAAUUUGGGGCAACAGCAAGAAAACACCGGACGCAGUACUAGACGAGAUGAGGAUUGACAAGAUGAACAUUCCCCUUUUGGAGAACUCGCUAUUCACAACUUGGGCGAAGUACGUGAGUAUCUUCAACGCGAAGUACCCCAACGAGAAAAGGACAAUGAUCGUGAUUCUAACACGGAAGUUUGGUGAUCAAUAUAUCACGCAUAUCCUUUAUAAGGCGAAAUCGAUCGAUACGACGAAAACCAUGGCAACUCAACUGGAAUCUGCACAACUGACAAUGUGGCGAAGCAACGACAAAUCUGUUGACGACGUCUUCGACCUACUAUGGCUUCGUCGAAGAGAUCACGAUUUCUGCUCCCGCAAUUCGCCACCGAUACUCAAUGCAAAGCCCGACAAUGCUACCCAUUUUGCUCUCAAAUUUAAAAACCACCUUUGA